UUAAUUAAUUUUAUCUCACAGUUAUAACAAAGAAAGAAACAAGAAAUAAAGCAGAAAACGAAAUAGAACAAAAAAAUAUAAAUGAUGUCAGUGGUGAACAAACAUAUAUCACACAAAAUAUAAUGAAAGAGGAAAAUAUACCAAUUCAUAAAACAAUAACUAACAACAACAAAAUAAUUACCUCAAUCAAAACGAAAGCGCCGUUUAAAAAAACUACCAAGAACAUAAAAACAAGUAAGAAAAUAGUAUCUGGAAACAUAAACAAGAAAAUAUCGGAUGUAGAAAUGAAAUUAAUCGAUGAAAUUUCGCAGAUUGAAAGUGAAAAAUCCGGUUCAAAUUUGGGAACACAUGGCAACACUGAAAUUAGUAAUGUUACAGAAUUUGAUAAUAAAAACAACAGUAUAAGUAUAACAAUGAAACGGUAUUCGUGCAGCGCAUGUGGCAUGAGUUUUAAUCGAUCUCAUGAUUUGAGGAUACAUAAUAGAAUGCAUACCGGUGAAAAGCCGUAUUCAUGUGAUGUAUGUGGUAAAAGUUUUAAUCGAUCCAGCGGUUUAAUGACUCAUACUAUAAUACAUAGUGAUGAAAAACCGUAUUCAUGCAAUGUAUGUGGUAAAAAUUUUAACCGACCUGGUCAUUUGAAGACACAUUAUACAAUACAUACAGGUGAGAAGCCAUAUUCAUGUAAUAUAUGUGGUAAGAAUUUUAAUCGAUCUACCGAAUUAAAUAGACACGCUAAAACACAUAGCGGUGAAAAGCCGUAUUCAUGUAACGAAUGUGGUAAGAGUUUCAGUCAAUAUGGUAAUUUGAGAACUCAUAGUAAAAUACAUAGCCGUGAAAAAUUAUAUUCAUGUGGUGUUUGUGAUAAGAGUUUUAGUCUAUCUAAAGAAUUGAAGGCUCAUACUAAAAUACAUUGUGGUGAAAAACCAUAUUCAUGCAAUAUAUGCGGUAGAAGUUUUAAGCGAUCUAGUCACUUGAAGACACAUAAUGCGGUACAUACAGGUGAAAAGCCGUACUCAUGCAAUAUAUGUGGUAAGAAUUUUAAUCGAACUACCGAUUUAAAGAGGCACACCAAAAUUCAUAGCGACGAAAAGCCGAAUUCAUGUAAUGAGACUGGUAAGAGUUCCAGUCAAUCUAGUAAUUUAAAGAGUCAUAGUGAAAUUCGUAGCCGUGAAAAGCCAUAUUCAUGUGAUAAUGUGGUAAAAGUUUCAUUGAGUCUAGUGAUUUGAAGAAACACCAUAGAAAAAUACUGGUUAAAUACAAUAUUCUUAUAAAGAUUGUGAUAAGAGUUAUAUAAAAUAUGUUUAUCUUAAUAUACAUUCUAGAACACAAAGCAAUAAAAGGCCAUAUUCAUAUGUGUGGCAAGUUUCAACCAAUCAGGCGAUCAUUACAAGAAAAAGUGUGUGAACUUUGUAUCUAAAAUAAAUUGUUUCAAGCUGUUGAAA